UCCAAUUAUGAAAUAACACAUCCAGUUAACCCGAAUAAAACUUUAGGUUUUCAGAUCUGGUAACAAUUGCAAGACCAAAUUCAUAUUGGAUCUUGGGUUGAUUACUGAUCAGCCAAAUCUCGAACAAACCGAUCCAAAAUUCAAAACCAGCCGUGUGCAAAUUUGGCUAUUUGCUUUGAAUUUUUGUCGACUCGGAGAACGCUAGAAAAUACACCGGAGAUAUUGACGAUCGGUAUAAUUCAUUGGAUUGAAUUGAUGAUGGUAACAUGAGACCCACGCACCAGAGUGUAUAAUCACAGCUUGUCUCGUCUGGCCCCUCACCCCUACUUUCGAUCUGACAAUGCAAGUUGAUUUCUUAGGGUUUCUAUCUACGAAUACUGAUUCCAGCAAAUCCAAGUGAAACAACGGUAUAUGUGAUUUGAUUGAGAUUGGAAGUGUAAAGACUGGAUUGAUUGAUGCUGUACAAAUCGUGAAAAAGAAAUGGAUCCAAAGCCUUCCCCCAGAUCGGGAAGGUUCGCCCCUAUUAAUCGACAUAAUUCUACCCCUUCCUCCUUGCUAUCGAAAUCACUUUCCGAUGCAAGUACCCAAAACUUAUCCUCCAUCCUCAACAACCCACAUGUCUCCGACGGCUCUUGGGUCGGUUGGUGGUCGUCUUCAACUGCUGUACAAGUCGCUGAAUUUGCUCCUCCUUCCGCCAACAAAACCCCUGGUUUAGAAAUAACUAGAUCCGAUUUCACAUCAUAUUUAUCCUCAAUCUCCGAUCACCAUAGCCGUUUCGAAGACAUUCGGAACCAUUCAAACAAGGAGAGCAGGGAUGCGGAUGCCAUUGAUCACCAUGAGAGGGCAGGGGAAGCUCUCGUUGCGUGUUUGCGGGAAGUUCCUUCAUUGUAUUUCAAGGAGGAUUUUGCACUCGAAGAUGGAGCAACUUUCAGGGCGGCUAGCCCGUUCUCUACUAUCGCUGAGAACACCGUGUUACAAGAAAAGUUGUCUCAGUACUUGGAUGUGGUCGAGCUUCAUUUGGUUAAGGAGAUCUCGCUGCGUUCCAAUUCGUUUUUUGAAGCACAGGGUCAGUUAGAAGAUUUGAAUCUUAAGAUUGUUGAAGGGUGUAGUCGGAUCCGGGAAUUGAAGGAGACGAUUAGGCUUUUGGAUGUAGAUUUAGUGGAUUCAGCUCGCCAAAUUCAGGAGUUAAAUCAUACCCGGAGCGAUAUGUUGGCACUGCAGGAGAAGCUUAGGCUAAUAUUAUACGUUAACCAAUCUCUUGCUGCUCUUAAGUUGCUUGUUGCAUCUGCUGAUUGUGCGGGAGCUUUAGACGUGACUGAUGAUUUGAAGCAUUUUCUGGAUGGGGAUCAAUUAACUGGCCUACAUUGUUUUCGUCACCUUGAGGAUCAUGUAGCUGCUGCAAUAGAUUCUGUAAAUAGGUUAGUAUCCACAUCAUUUAUUUAUUUAUUUAUUCUUUUAGAAUUCUCUGUUGUGACUUGUAUUAUUUAUUUUUGUAGCAUUCUUUCAACAGAGUUUUUGCGUGCAUCUAUCAAUGAUUCUGGAGAUAAGGAUGUGGUUAUAUUAACUAAAGCAAAAGCAAAGAUGACCCCACUGGGAAAUGGAGAAGAUAAUGAAGUAAACUUGCAUGAAGAAGACACCUCAAGCUUCCAUGAUCGACUUUUACCUCUUAUUAUUGGCUUACUUAGAACUGCAAAACUUCCAACUGUUUUGAGAAUAUAUCGCGAUACAGUUACAUCUGACAUGAAAACUGCUAUAAAAUCGGUUGUUGCAGAGCUGCUUCCUGUUCUUCUUGCAAGACCUUUAGACUCUGAUUUUAAAUCAAACGAUCGAAUUGUUGAUUCAGAUGGUGGAGGCUCAUCACUUGCAAGUAAGUUAAGAAGCUUGUCUUCUGAAAGCUUUGUUCAACUUCUUGGCACCAUUUUCAAGAUUGUACAGGCACACUUACUUCGAGCUGCUGAAGUUAAAAAAGCCAUUGAAUGGAUAAUGUCCAAUCUUGAUGGUCAUUAUGCUGCUGAUUCAGUUGCUGCUGCAAUUGCUCAUGGUGCUUUAAAUUCCGAAAAUGCCCCUCUGGGUGAUUCUCAGUCUGGAUCCUUUCCUAGGAAUUCUAUCAAGGUGUCCCCAAUCCAACCAAAAUCAAACGAUGCCACAAGUCCCUCAAAUUUAUCAAAAAAUUUCAGAGCUGAUGUAUUGAGAGAAAACACAGAAGCAGUGUUUGCAGCUUGUGAUGCAGCUCAUGGAAGAUGGGCAAAACUUCUUGGUGUGCGUGCUCUUUUGCAUCCAAGGCUAAGGCUUCAAGAGUUUUUACAAAUAUAUAACGUGUCACAAGAAUUUGUUACUGCAACAGAGAAGAUUGGUGGAAGGUUGGGAUAUAGCAUCCGUGGAACAUUACAGUCUCAAGCCAAAGCUUUUGUUGAUUUCCAACAUGAAUCUCGGAUGACAAAACUGAAAGCAGUGCUUGAUCAAGAAACAUGGGUUGAAGUAGAUGUGCCUAAUGAAUUCCAGGGAAUUGUGGAUUCCCUUUUCAGCUUGGAAUCUAUAGGAGUUGGUGAUUCCGAUGAUAAAAGCUACAAUGAACAGGCUGUUGAUGGAAUUGUGGAUACCACUGGACAGGUUAAUAAUGUUAAAACAAAGAAUGAACAUGGAAAAUCUGGUGCUCAUUUGAUCUCAUUCAGAGGUGUUGGGUACCACAUGGUAAACUGUGGGUUAAUCUUGUUGAAGAUGUUAUCAGAGUACAUUGAUAUGAAUGCUGUUUUGCCAGCACUUUCAUCUGAAGUUAUUCAUCGUGUUCUUGAAAUGUUGAAAUUUUUCAACACAAGGGCUUGUCAGCUUGUUCUUGGUGCUGGUGCCAUGCAGGUGUCUGGUUUAAAGUCGAUUACAUCAAAACAUCUGGCAUUGGCAAGUCAGGUUGUGAGUUUUGUGCAUGCUAUUAUCCCUGAAAUUAGGAGGAUUCUUUUCCUGAAAGUACCUGAGACACGAAAAGUAAUGCUGUUAUCAGAAAUUGAACGCGUAUCACAGGAUUAUAAAGUGCAUAGAGAUGAGAUACAUACAAAACUGGUGCAAAUAAUGAGGGAAAGGCUGUUAGUUCAUCUUCGUGGAUUACCUCAAAUUAUUGAAACAUGGAAUCGAUCAGAUGAAACUGAUGUACAACCCAGUCAGUUUGCUAAAUCCCUCACCAAGGAAGUUGGAUAUCUUCAACGUGUGCUUUCACGAACUUUGCAUGAAGCUGAUGUUCAAGAAAUAUUCAAAGAAGUGACAAUCAUCUUUGACAUACAAAUAUCUGAUGCUUUUUCACACGUGGAUAUUACCAAUCAACAAAUAAAGACCAGGCUGAAUUGUGAUAUCCAGCAUAUCCUUGGAUGCAUAAGAUCAUUGCCAUCAGCCAAGUUAAGUAGUGAGUCGGGGGCCCCACUUGCAGGUCAACUUGAGUCUUUGGUCCAAAAAAUAUCUGCUGAAGCUGCUGAUCAAUAAUAGUAUAUUAUUAUUAUUAUGGGUAGUAGUUAAUUCAUUACACAAACAAACAGCAAAAGCCAAUUGGAGGUAAAAAAAAAAAAAAAGACGUAAACGCCCUUGUAAUUUGUAUCUCUCAGAUGAUUUGUUUAUAGGGAGAGGGUAGUAAUUGUGAGAUAUUGGUUGGCAGGUGCUUGAUGAUGAUAUGAUGCAAUUUUCAAAAAUACAAAUUUUGAGGACUACUUUUGGUAACGGGAAUGUAUAACUUAAUGGGUACAGAUAAGAGAGAUGUAAGAUUGAAGUUGAUUGAUAUUUUUCUUUUUUCUUUUCUUUUUUUUUCAUUUUGUGUUUGAUUUUGUUUUGUUACUUUUCGUGGUUAUAUAUAUUCUUGGCAGAUUGUAGUUAUUGCAA